CGUUGGCAAGAGCGAGGCCGCUGGCGCAGGGCGGCGCCCGGCUUGCAAGCAGGCGGGGAAGGGCCUCUCUCGUGGCUGGCGCUGGCCUUUAGCGCGCUGCAGUCCCGGGGGGGGGGAGCGUCUGCUCGGCGGAGCCUGCAGCUCUGAAGGGGGUGGGCUGUCAGUAGCAGUUAUUUUCCCAGCUUGGGUCAUGCGGGCGCUGGCUGGGACGAGGGGGACGGCCGCGAUCUGGCCACGGUGACACAUGCCUUAGUUAUAUCCCGCUUAGAUUACUGUAACGCGCUCUACGAGGCUGUCUCUGAAGACUCCUCAGAAACUUCAGUUGGUUCAAUGUGCUGCAGCCAGAAUGUUAACUGGGGUGGGUUACAGGGACCAUACUACCCCCCUGUUAAAAAAGCUCCACUGGUUGCCAGUCUGUUUCCGGACACAAUUCAAAGUGCUGGUGAUGACCUAUAAAGCCCUAUACGGCUUAGGUCCAGGGUGUCUAUCAGACCGUAUCUCCCUGUAUGAGCCUGCCCGGGCCCUGAGAUGCUCAGGAGAGGCCCUUCUCUCAAUACCCACAUCUUCUCAAGUACGACUAGUGGGGAGGCGUGAAAGGGCCUUCUCGGUGGCUGCCCCUAGGCUCUGGAAUUCCCUUCCUACGGAGAACAGCUGCUGUGCUGCCUCCGCAGGGAGACUCCUCCUGUUGUGCUAAAGAAGUCAUCAGUGAAGCCAGCAGCAGGCCUAGGAGCCCCAGAGGACAACACUCCUUUUCUACCUUUGUCGCUCCCUCAGACGUUACUUCUCCUCUGUUGAAUCUACCUCUUCAACAGUUCUACUGUAUAAUUACCUGCCAUCAACCUUCAUCAUCAUCAUCAUCAUCACCACCAUCCUCAGAGCAUUAUGUCAGAGACUGAUCUCACUGGAGAAGAAUAUCCAACAGAGAUUCAUGAUUAUCUUUCGGCCUUUGAAAAGUCUCUUGGUUCUGUAGAUGAGAUGUUGAAGACUAUGAUGUCUGUGUCUAGAAGUGAACUUCUCCAGAAGCUGGAUCCUCUUGAACAAGCAAAAUUAGAUUUGGUCUCUGCUUACACAUUGAAUUCAAUGUUUUGGGUAUAUCUUGCCACCCAAGGAAUUAGUCCGAAGGAGCACCCAGUGAAACAGGAGCUGGAGUUCAAAGUGACAUACAAACAUGAUUCUCCACCUCCCAGUUUUAUCCUCACAAGGAUAAAGGAGAGAAUAAGAACAUAUAUGAACAGAGUGAAAGAGAUAACAGACAAGAAAAAAGCUGCCAAACUAGAUAAAGGUGCUGCUUCAAGAUUUCUACGAAAUGCAUUAUACGAACCCAAACCUCAAAACAAGUCUGCAAAGAAAACUCCUGUUCCGGCCAAAAGAAAGAAAACGCACUAGGAUUUUCCUGUUUUGUGAUUAUUGGUAUAGGCAGAAGGAAUAUUUUAAUGGCAUUUUUCAUGUUUUAUAUACAGUAAAAAUACAUUUUGGUGAAAUAUAUUGAUAACAAAUAACUACUUGAGAUUACUACACACACACACAAUAUCCUGUUGCUUAUUUUGACUUCCACAAAGACAGACUAUAACUAAUCAGGAUCCUCCAAUCCACCCAUGCAUGUUUUUGGGGGCUUUUCUGAAGUAAAAUAUGCUAAGAUACUACCUACGACUCUAAACUUGAUUGCAUACUGCUAAUUUCUUCAUCUUUUGAUCUGGAUGGUAGCCAGAUGGUAGUACAGAUCGUUUGAAGACUGCAUUGCUAAUCUUCAAAUACAUCUGCUUGUUGUGUGCUGUUUUUUAGGAGAAUCCAAUUUAACCAUAGCACCACUUUAUCAAAUAUCUCCUUGAAGAAAUCAGCUGUUUAUAAGGUUCUAGUUCUGCUGGGGCUCUACCUCAGGGGUAGGGAAGCUCUGCCCCCCCAGAUGUUGCUGGACUACAACUCCCAUCAUCUUUGUCCAAUAGCAGUGCUGACUGGGACUCAUGGAAGUUGGAAGUCCAACAACAUCUAGAGGGCCACAGGUUCUUCAACCCAGCUCUAGCUGAGCUGGCUGCUGUUGUAACCAAUGUUGUUACCGGAGUUCCCCCUCCCUCCUAAAUUCUGUUCGUGUAUAAGCCAGGUAAACCACCCACAAGCAGAUUGAACCAGGUUGCCUACAACAAUUUCUUAGCAAAGGGCGAUCAUGUUGCUACCAUUCCUAUUUUCAUUUCUAAUGACAUCCAGUGGAUGAUAUAUUGCAAUGUAAUGCAUUGCAGUAGAUCAUCCGUUAGAUGUCAUAAUCUAUGUCAUAUCUAACAUACACACACAGAGUUCUUUGAAGUAAAACAGUGUUGUAAAUUUUUGGUAAUUUUGCCAGAGUAAAUACCAACGUCUGUCUUGAGAGAAAUCUUUGAAUUUAUUUUAGGAUGAUAGGAAAGGGAAAAGAGAGACUUCUUAAUGGGCAACCCUUGUAAAUAUCUCUCUUCAUGUUAGUUAAGCUUCCCAUAACUUAUGCCUGGUUUUGGUAUCUACACGUAUGAGACAAGCAUUGUACACUUCGUAUUAGUAAAAUCAACAUUGUACAUCAAAGUGACCCAGAGUCCAAUUUACAGUAUAAAGCAAAUACAUACAUAUAUUCUUUCUGCUAACCAUGCGAAUGACUAGCAGUAGUACUGAAACCCUGGUCACGAGACUUAGAGUGUCUUCAUGUGCUCUCCUCUCCUACAGCUGAACGUUCACCAGACCUAGUUUGAAGAUUUUUAAGCAACCAUAGAGCUAGAAGCUUGUUUUUUAAACAAUAAACAAACAAAAUAGUCUUAAGUGCCCUCAAACACUUUGCCCUUCAGUGGAGAAGUCUAUUAGGUGAGCAAAAAAGUGCCAGUUUGGACAAACUUGCACCCUGUAUGCUAGUGUAAAUGACUCCAUGAGGAUCUAGCAGUGUGAGUUCAAGCAUAUCUUUGCUGCUGCAGCCUACCAUCUUCACACUCAAUUGACGUUGGGACUGUAUCAUUUUAGGCAUGAUUUUAUUUGAAUGUUGAUUUAAAAUUAAACAUCUUAGAUUUC